GCCCGGCUUUGACCGGGGAGGGUGUUUACACCCAAAGCGGUGAGGGGGAGGGGCGGGAGGGGGAGCUGGCCCCGGCCCAGAGGAAGAAUUCUCGUUACAAAUAUGGAGAGAACAAGCAGGAAAAAAACAAGAAGUAAGGUUUUAAUAAGGCCAGUCCAAUGAGAGAUGGAGCAACACCCAGAGAGGACGAAAACCCUGGCUUUCCUGGCCGACUUGGGCAAACCUACUCUUCGGGGCAUCAAGAAGUGUCCCAAGUGUGGCACGAUCAAUGGCACUCGUGGGCUGAGCUGCAAGAAUAAAAGCUGUGGUGCCGUCUUCAGGGAUGGCGUGCGGAAACAGCAACCCAGUAUUGAUGCCGUUCGCAUAGUCACCGGAUCGGCCUCACAGGUCUAUUCGGUGAGGCUUCGAGACCGAGGACCUGACUACCGGGGCUUUGUGGAACUCGGCACAACGGAAGCAAUUCAGACAGUGGAUGGCACCAUCAUUACCCACAUAACCGGUCGCUGCUUAGUCCCCACCUGCUUCAAAGUAUCCUCACAAGGAGUCUCCGAGAAUCAGUGCCAGCACAUCAAGCUCGCCAUGGAGUGUCAUAUGGAAGCCACUCCGCACACACUGAAGAGUUCUGUGCUGAACUCUCUUCAGGUGACUGCCGAGACCAAGCAGGCCAUCUGGACUUUGGCCACUGAGUCGAGUGGGCCCCUGGUGCAGAGGAUUACCAAGAGCAUCAUGGUGGUGAAGUGCAAAGCCAGCCCCAAGCACAACUUGGGCUUUCUGCACGUCUCGUUCCACGAGAAGGCGAGGACAAAAGGCGUGACGGAGCGCAAAUUCUAUUGCUCCUGCCAGGCUUUCAAAGCCAAUAAAUCGAGCUCCAACAAAGAGGAGCCACCAAAGCGAUGCAUUCACUUCUACGCGUGUGUCUGCGCCUUUGCCAGCGAUGAGAAGCUGGGGCAAGAGUUUUCCUAUUUCAUCAACUUUGAUUCCUCCGCUAGGUGCAGAAGUUCUGGGCUUCAGGCAAAUCCUGAGGCACAGUUGCUGGCAAUUUACCCCCAGGAUCCUACACCCCAGGCUGCAGUGAGCACGGUUUCAAAAGCAAAGAAGAAGAAAAAGGACGAUGUAACUGUGAGUCAACCAAUCGAUGAAUCCCAAGUGACCCUGUCAUUUCAGGACUGGCUUGCUAGUGUCACAGAACGCAUCAAUCAGACCAUGCAUUACCAAUUUGAUGGGAAGCCUGAGCCUCUGGUGUUCCAUGUCCCUCAGACCUUUUUCGACGCCCUGCAGCAGAGGAUCUCUAUGGGAAGCAAGAAGAAACGUCUACCCAACUCCACCACAGGUUUUGUUCGGAAGGAUGCAGUACCUCUGGGAACCUUCUCCAAAUACACUUGGCAGAUCACAAAUGUUCUUCAGGUCAAGCAGAUAUUUGAUACCCCGGAGAUGCCCCUGGAGGUCACCCGCAGCUUCAUUGAAAACCGCGAUGGCACCUACGAGCUAUUUAAAUGCCCCAAGGUUCAGGUAGAAAGUAUUGCAGAGGCUUACAGCCGAGUGGAGAAGCAGCCAACAAUUCGGCCGCUGGAACUCAAGACCUUCCUGAGAGUUGGGAACAUGUCCCCGGAGCAGAAAGAACCCACUCCAUUUAUUAUUGAAUGGAUCCCAGAUAUCCUGCCCAGAUUGAAGAUUGGGGAGAUGAGGAUUAAGCUCGAGUACGGUCACCAUCGGAAUGGACACAUCGAGUACAGAGAACAGCAGCCGUCUCCGGAACAGAGUCUUGAGCUUAGUCCAUCCCUAGCCACCAUAAAUAUUCACUGAAAUCAGGGUACCAUGCGGCCACCACUUGUACCUCUCUUGGAGGUAGGUAAAAGAAAGAAAAUCCAGUACAUCAGUCAAACAGGACACAAAAGAGACUCUGGAACCCGGCUCGAAUCUUGUUGAAGAACUGCAGUCCAAAGUGUAUGAGUUUGAAGACUGACUGAUUGCCUCUGAAUGACCUGUCAAGGACAGCCGACUCGUGGGUUGCAUUUAAUGGCACUUAGCAUGUUUCACCCUGCGAUUUGCAAUCCCGUUAAUUUAGACUUUGAAAAUGCAUCACAGUAUUUAAAAGCUCCUCCUUGUGAGCAUUAACUCUGCUUUGAUUUCCGUUUUCUCUUCACAUCCAGGAGGUUGUCGACAUAUCAUGCAAAUACUAAAUGUGUAAUUCAGUGCUGGUCUGCAAAGAGUCAUUUUGAACUGGGUGUGCGGCCUACAUUUGGGUUAAUUCUGUUUUCUCCUCUGGGCAAUGGCUCAAGUUUGUGUUGCGGUUUGUAUGUGCGUGACAACAAACUGAAGGAAGUUACACCUUGCCACAUAAAAAUAAGGAGCGUGUUGUCACAUUUGCAGGAAUGCUACAUGUAGAGUCUCCAGUGGUGAUACAGACAGGAUUGGAGGAAUCUAUUAAGGGUGGAGACACUCAUGCCAGACUCAACCAGCACCUGCAAGCACCUGACACCUCUGAAGCUGCAUCUUGGAACAAAUCAUUGCCAGCAGGGGAGAAGGAAUACAGUUUUGGGUCUUCCCAUAAUGCAGAAACUGUCAAAAACAAAGUGAGAAAGAUCAACUUUGCAGUACGAAUAGCAGUUAAUGCAAAAAGUUUAUAAAUAACUCCUCUGUCA